GCUUCAAGACCCAAACAGGAAGCAAACACCGCUGGAGAGGGGAAGACAAAAGUCUGCAGAGCUUUCGGGAGUUUUUAUGUGAUGUCGCAUUUACGUGUUAAUAAGGUUAAGGAUGUUUUCAAGGGCUCACACGGCGCUGCCUUUAUUUCUGCUUUGCCUUCUGGACCUGUGUAUAUUUUCAAAAGGGAAAUUAAAUGUGCUGUACAUAAUAGCUGAUGAUUUGAGACCCUCUCUGGGUUGCUACUCUGAUCCAGUGGUAAAAUCACCCAAUAUUGAUCAACUUGCCUCUAAAAGCACCGUGUUCUACAACGCCUUUGCACAGCAAGCAGUAUGUGGCCCAAGCAGGACGUCUUUCCUUACAAGUCGAAGGCCAGACACCACCAGACUGUACGACUUCAACUCCUACUGGAGAGUCAGCGCAGGCAACUACACCACGCUGCCGCAGUAUUUCAAAUCCAACGGCUACACAUCGUUAUCUGUGGGGAAGGUCUUCCAUCCAGGCAUCGCCUCCAAUCACACGGACGAUUACCCAUACAGCUGGUCUGCACCACCGUAUCAUCCACCCUCUUUCAGCUUUGAAAACAAGAAGGUUUGCAAGAACAAAGACGGCACGCUUCACAGUAACUUGCUGUGCUCGGUGAACGUUUCUGACAUGCCGUUGAGAACUCUGCCUGACCUGGAGAACACAGCAGAGGCUAUAAGACUGCUCAAAGCUGUGAAAGGUACAGAAAGUCCUUUCUUCCUAGCAGUGGGCUUCUACAAACCUCACAUUCCCUUCAGGAUCCCGGUGGAAUACCUCAAGCUGUAUCCCAUUGAGAACAUGACACUGGCUCCAGACCCAGAUGUUCCUAAGAAGCUUCCAGAAGUAGCCUACAACCCCUGGACUGACAUCCGGAAGAGAGAGGAUGUCCAGGCUCUGAAUAUCAGUUUCCCGUAUGGACCAAUCCCUAAAGAUUUUCAGCUGCGUAUUCGGCAGCACUAUUUUGCAGCCGUAUCGUAUGUGGAUGCCCAGGUCGGGAAGAUCCUGCAGGCCCUCGAUGAUCUGGACCUGGCCAAGGAAACCAUUGUGGUGUUCACCUCAGACCAUGGCUGGUCCCUCGGCGAACACGGCGAAUGGGCCAAAUACAGCAACUUUGACGUAGCCACCCGUGUGCCGUUAAUAGUCUACGCUCCUGGUGUGACCUCACCCCUGCCUUGGCCCGGGGAGAAAACGUUCUCCUAUGUAAACGUGUUUGAAAGCACACAGGAGCAGUUUGACGAAGGCUAUCUGGUGCGCAGCAUGGUGGAGUUAGUCGAUGUUUUCCCCACUGUGGCGUCUCUGGCCGGCCUCGCCUCCGUUCACCACUGCCCGUUCCCUUCCUUUAAGACCGACCUGUGCACAGAGGGUUCGAACCUUGCACGUCUCCUCGGGCUCCACGAGCAAAUCGUCGACCACGAAGCGUACGCCUUCAGCCAGUACCCUCGCCCGAACGACACUAUCCGUGAUGACUCGGACCUGCCUUCGCUCGCUAAUAUCACCGUAAUGGGCUACUCUGUGCGCUCCACUGAUUUUCGCUUCACGCAGUGGGUGGGUUUCGACUCCUCUCGCUUCCGUGCCAAUCUGACCGACGUGCACGCCGGUGAGCUGUACAUCCUCUCCCAGGACCCAAACGAGGACAACAACGUCUACUACGAACAGGAUCACGCCAAAGCGUCCACACUGAAACUGGGUACGUGGCACACGUGGACGGAAAGUCUCAAAGAGCACGUGACGUACCUUAGAGAGGCUUUGAGAAGGAAAACGGAUCCUGUGGUCACUUUUUAAAUAUUCACGGCUGACGAAUUUGUAUAGUAACAAUUUACAUAGUUGCUGCUCUGAGAAAGGGAAGGGAAAAAAAACGUCUUAAACUUACAUAAUUUGUUGAGGGAACGUGAACACGUGGCCUGUAGAUAAUCGUGUUGAACGGAGAUGGAAAUGUAACACAAAAAGGAGAAAUGUAUUUCAUUUUAACAGUCAACGAUAAAGAUUUAAUGCUUGAUGAGGUCUUUAAAACUGAGACCUGUGCAGAUUUUAGCAGGGUCGCAAAACACCGAUGAAAAACAUACUUAAAUCUACAACCUCAUGUCGUACUGUCCUGCGGCAGAGUUACCACGGAAAUACAACGGAGAGGUUUAAAUGUGAAAACUCGCAGAUUAUGUUACUCAGGUGCACCUCAGAGAGUACUUUAACAGUGAUGAAUGUUUUGUGCGACGUCAAGAUAAGGGAAAUGAUUCUUCACACCUAGCAUGCCUUCACCUGGCACACAGUGUUUUCAAGACCACCUUGCACAUUUUAUUUUUUCAGAUUUUGUCUGUCUUCUUGUUCUGAGAGCUUGUUAAUUGCAACACCGUUCACGCCCACGGUGCAUACAAUUUUAUUUCGGAAUACGAAUAUCAUGUAAAUAUUCAUUCAUGUGGAAGCCAAUAAAAAUGUCUAUUUUUCAACCCGAACAAAAUGCAAAA